AUGGACCUGGAGCGAAUUAAGCAAACCCUCCGCCUUCGUUCCGGCCGAUCCAAGAAAACUCGCAAGCAGUCCACCGAGCAGUCAAACGCGGCUGCUCACCCUGGCCAGUUGGCUCAGAAGAACAUUGCCAACGGAGCGGUGAAGGAGCCUCUUCGAGUGCUCACCAAACCCAAGCCAAGUCCUUCCACAGAAGUGCCCGCUGUUCGCAAGUCACAGCCCGGACCGGAGCUUAGUGAAGCCCCAGCUCUCAAACUACGAGACAGACCAGUGUAUCGACCCGAGCUCCCGCACGCAUCGACCGACUUGGAGCUGAAAGCAUCUGCCUCAGUUCCAAAUCCACGCAUAGAACGUCCUCGCCAGAACCCUGGACAGCAACCGGGCUCGAACCCACCCUCUCUGCUGCGCACUAUGUCUGAGGUACACAAUUCCGAGUCCUCAUCUGCUCUAGAUUUCGACCUGCACCCACCUCCUCCGCCUUCCAGGCCCAAGCCACCUUCAGUCGAGGCGCUUUCAGAGUCGCUCUUUUCUUCGGGCCAUCUCAAUACUCUCCUCCGCGAUCCUCAAUACCUGGCCCGCUUCACUUCCUUUCUGACGAGGUAUAGACCGCAGUACCAUCCUAUUCUUUUACGAUACCUCGAAACCCAGAAGGCCAUCAAGGCCAUUGAGUAUGCCAAUGCUGUUGCUGAAGGAAUCCCUCCCUCUUCGGAUGAUGGUGACCCAACCAAUGCAAAGGUUUCUGUUGCAGCGAUCCUCGACAGGGCUUUCGAGGAACUGAGCAAUGGCGCCUUUCGCCUUAUGGUCAACUCUGCUCUCCCCAUGUACGUCACGUACAAUCUGGUAAAACUGGUGACCGAGUGUCUCAUAGACGAGAUUACGGGUAAUCGAACUUCCUCUACUAGAGAUCUGGUAGGAGGCCUGUCUGAAGUAUUUUGUCUCACCGAUCCAAGACAAGAGGAUAAUCCAAUUGUUUUUGCCAGUGAAGAGUUCUACCGACAAACUGGAUACGAGCCUGACUACGUUAUUGGGCGGAAUUGUCGCUUUCUACAAGGCUCCAAAACUAACCGAGAGUCGGUCGCGCGGUUGAGAGAAAGCAUUGUAAAAGGCGAAGAUAUAUGCGAAACCUUGCUAAACUACCGGAGAGAUGGCAGAGCCUUCAUGAACCUACUGAUGAUAGCCCCUCUCCACGACGAUAAAGGCAAUGUUAAAUAUCACAUUGGCGCUCAGGUUGACGUCACAGGAAUGGUCGAACGAGGGAAGGAAUUCGAAGGAUUGAAACGGUAUCUGACCACAAGAGAGAUGGAGAGACGUGAGAAAGAAGUCCGCCGAAAUCGAAUAAAUGGAGAUGAUCAAGACGUCCAAAAGCCAAAGGCAUUGGCAAAGUUGCGUGAUCUAAGUGAGAUGUUUGAUCUGGAGGAAUCCAUCGUGGUCCGGUCAAGCGGGAGGACUACUCCGAAAUCAAGGGAAGAUGACGAGCGCAGUGUCGCAAGCAGUCGUAAAGUCCCUCGACGAGUGUUCGGUGAUGGCGAUGCGACUUCUGAAAACGAUGAUGAAGACCCUGCCGAGGAGGAGGAUAAGGCCUGGGAACUCGGUCAGUCAGGCCAAUCUGGUUUGUCAGGAAAGCUGCCCGGCGUUUACGACAGCUACAUGCUGGUCCGACCGGCCCCUUCGCUCCGAGUCGUCUUUGUGUCCUCCGUCCUACGACGACGCGUGGGCAAUAUAAUUCAGCAUCCAUUCUUAUCACAUGUUGCUGCUUCUGCAAAUACGUUGAAAGGACUCAAGGAGAGCUUCAGCGUAGGUGUUCCCAUGUCGGCGAAGAUCAACUUGCUGCUUGAAGCUGGAGAUCGAAAGGAUGGCACAGUGACCCGCGGUGGAAACAAAAUUCAAGAUGCAGGACUGGGCAGGGUCUGCUGGAUCUCAGCAACGCCGUUGCUUGGAAGUGACGACAAGAUUGGGGUCUGGAUGGUCGUGAUUGUCGAGAACGCAAAAGUACCGAAAAGGGCCAAACCUGAUACCCUGGUUCGUGCAGUUGAAGACCAGGCUCUGAAACAGCCUGAGUCUAGGGAAGUAACACAGAUCGGUACCUCUGCCAAGGCCAAGUCACAGAAACAAACUCCGUCCGGCCGAAUUGAACCCUCAAUGGGCGGCUCAAAGGCCCCAGGCGAACCAACUGAACCCAAAGAUCAUUACAACACGCCGGACCACAGUCAAAACACUCGAUCACCUCCAGCACCCGCUGAAGAAGGCAACCUGAAAGAAGAGAAGCCGGAGGAGCAAGACCACCAGCAAGGUCUGCCUGAGGACGAAACACUUGUCGAACCGGAAGGAGAGAAGCCUGUCCCGAGCCACACGGGCAAUGCUCAGCGUGAACUCCUCGAUGAUGAAACGGAUGAUUUUAUGCCCACAAAUGAAGGUCUCUCCGACUCGUCGAGCCCGCAUCAAGUGCAUGGUCAAUUGAAAGACCAUGAAGAGCCCCAUACGCCGAAGGCCACAGAUAUGAACGAUUCCCUUGAACGCGCUUUGUCAGGGACGAAAGCAACCGAGGACUGGAAAGAGCCAGUAUCACCAGAAGACAAUGGUCUCACGAACGGGCUGAACGGGCCCCAUGGCUUAUCCGACGAGGAAAAAACACCCGUCAAUCCGCGAAAGGUUCGGCUUGGAGAUGAUACGCCUUCUCCCUCGAGGCCGGGAACCAGUGGUGCGGAUUCUUCCACCGGAAAAUCAAACAGCAAACAUUAUAUGGACUAUAUCCGUCACCCUGGAAGCCGGCCGUCAUCCGAAUACAACCGUGGAAUGUCAGGAAGCUUCAUGUCUGCCAAGUACUAUACAGAAGAUGAGCCUCAAGAAGAAGAGGACGACUUCAAUGACCCCGAAUGCGCAAGGUCACCGUACAGUGUGGAUUAA